AUGGCAGAAGACUUCAUUCCAGAAGAGGGAAGCAAGCGACCUGAAGACAUUGGUGACGAAUACUUUUCCGAAUUGUUGUGGAUAUCUUUCUUGCAAGAAGUACGGCUACAUGAAGGUGGAGAAACAAUUGGAUACAAGAUGAAUGAUAUAAUACAUGAUCUUGCACGAUAUGUUGCAGGAAAAGAAUAUGUGGUACUUGAACAGGGUCGUCCACAAAAUUGGUCACCAGCAGAGAUUCGCCACGCAUCUGUUGUUUAUAGAUAUGCUGCAAGAAUUACAAUUCCAGAAACUCUAUAUGAAGCAGAACAUUUGCGAACUCUUUUAUUGAUCGGAGAUUCUGGCAGGUUAGAGAACGGAGAUAAAAUUUAUUCAAGUUUUCAAUACUUGCGGGUGCUAGAUCUCAACAACUGUGAUCUUGUUGAUCUGCUGAAUUCCAUGGGUGACUUGAUAUGUUUGAGAUAUCUUGACUUGUCUUACACGCGUAUCACCCAGUUACCUAGAAGCUCACAUCAUAUGUUUUCUUUGGAGACCCUAAACCUAAUUGGUUGCCAUAAUCUUCAAUCUUUGCCUCAUUUGGGAUCAAGAUUAAGACAUCUUAACUUAAGUGGAUGUGUGCGUUUGAUUGGUAUGCCUCCGAAUAUUGAAUUUUUACGUCGUCUUCAGACAUUGCCACUUUUUGUUGUGCCGAAGUUGGGGAAGAUUCAGCUGGAAGGUUUAAAUCUUUAUGGGGAGUUGAAUAUUGCUCACUUGGAGAAUCUUUGUAGGGAGUUGAAUAUUGCUCACUUGGAGAGUCCUAACUUCAUGGCUUCUAUACAAAGUCAAUUCUUUUUCUCUUUAAUGAAAUCAGCAGAACUGCAAAAGAAUGAAAAUCUUGAGUCAUUGGGAUUAUAUUGGGGUCUUAUUCCGCAAUGUAGAGAUUCAUUCCCAAAACUACAUAAUGCCGAACCUGAAGUAGGUGUCUCAGGAUCACAUAUAGCACAACAAUCUGAAGAAGUUAUUAGAGGUCUGCAACCACACGAAAAUCUGAAAAAGCUAGUUAUAAAUGGGUAUCCAGGAAUCAAAUUUCCUAAUUGGGCUCUCCCAAAACUUGUCGCUGCUGAUUUCACCAACUGUAGAAGUUGUGAACAUCUUCCAGCCCUUGGGAAUUUUCCGCUACUUAAGACACUUUCUCUGCAAGGAAUGCAUGGCAUGAAGAGCAUUGGUACAGAGUUCUAUGGUGACUGUAAAGACAUAUGGUUUCCAUCACUCGAAGAACUAUCAAUAAGUGAUUUUGCAAACUUGGAAGAGUGGUCAAGUGCAAAUGUUGGAAAUGCAUUCCCUAGAUUGAAGAAAUUAACUAUAAAGAGUUGCCCCAAGUUAGGACAUAUACCGUUACCUCAGUCCCUUCAACAUUUGGAGCUGCGGAAUUGUAAUCCUACGAUGGUGGCCGUAGCAGAUUUAAGUUUGCUAUCUGUUCUUAUUCUUGACAAAAUUCCAGACCUAGUGUCUCUCCCAGAAGGGCUUUUUUGCAUCAGCUAG